AUGUCCGAAAAAGAACACAAACAAGAGCUAAUCACUCUCAUGGACGACAUUAUGUCUGAAAUUGAUCUCAAACCUUUGCACCCAAAAAAUAAACUUUUGCUUUAUAGUCGUUACCUCCUAUCCAAACUUUCCUGGCAUUUCACUGUAACCACCUUAUCAAAAACCUGGGUCUCUGAAAAUAUGGAUUCUGUGGUGAACAAGUACGUACGUAAAUGGCUUGAAAUACCUAUAUCAGGAACUGUAUCUAACGUCUACCUUACCAGUAACAAGUUUGGUCUAAAUAUCUACCCGCCGUCAAUUAAGUUUGUUCAGUGCCAAACAGUUGCUCGUAACGCCUUAAAGACCUCUCCAAAUCAUUCCAUAAAAGACCUCCGGAAAACAACAUCUGAAAGCAAAAACAUUCAGUACGACGUCUACACCUCGACAAAGGAAGUCCUUAAAACUUUUACCUCCGGACAAGAAGACAAACUGCAGAAUCAUCUGAUUUUGCAAGGCUCCUUCUUCUCAAAUGUCAUUAAGUUUUCACUGUCGAAAUUAAACGGUAUAUGGUCUAAAUCCCAAUCAAACCUCCCAAAGAACAUCUAUAACUUCACCAUUCGUUACAUUAAUAACUCACUUCCAACUCGUAAAAACCUUACUAAAAGGGGAAUAUUGUCCAACUCUGAUUGCUCCUUCUGCUUAAACCCUGAAACCCUUUUACACGUAGUUGCUGGAUGUCAAACGUACCUCCCACGAUUUACAUGGAGACAUGAUUCUGUUCUGAACUUCAUAGCACAAACGCUACAACCUGUAAACAACUCCAAUCUUUUCGUCGAUCUUCCUGGUUAUAAAAGCCCAUCAAUUGUAACUGGUGACACAUUCCGCCCAGACCUACUUCUAUCUAUCAACUCGGAUUGUCUCUAUAUCCUUGAACUUUCUGUUGGCUAUGAGUCUAAUCUACAAACAAAUGUUGAUCGGAAAAGAAGAAGAUACGAAGAUCUCAUUACACAGCAAAAUAAACAAUUUAAGUCCGUAAAAUUUGUAAAUUUGUCAAUUAGUUCUUUAGGCGUUUUCUCAAAAGAAUGUCAUUCCUUUUUAGAUAUGUUAACUGAUCUAGGUCUUGAUAAAAGACACCAAUAUUUCGCUAUCAGGAAAAUUAUGUCUAUCGCGAUUAGGACAACAUAUUAUAUAUUUUGUUGCAGAGAUAAAGACUGGUGAAAUCCGGAAUUAAUGAACAUUUAAGGAUACUAAUUAUUAACAUUGUUACCCGCCCCGACCGGCCACGUACAUAAAUAUACAAAAAGGAGGCACAACUCGGAUAAUUAGAAACUACGAUUUUCCAAGUUUGUGUUCAAAUAAAGAAUAUAAAAGAGAAGAAAAAUACACAACAGGCAACAGGAUAUGCUGCUGAAACCGUUUAAGUAGGUUCUUUUAAUUUUAAACUCGUUUACACCAUAGAGUUUUUGUCACGAAAUACAAUUGUUGUAUGAAUGUUGUUGAAGUUGAUUUUUGUUCGUCGCUAUAUAACAAAACACUUAAUGCCUGUUCCCUCGGGAAAUAGUUGGUUUUGUUUUCCCUCGAAUCUUAAUGUUUCCCUCGACUUCGUCUCGGGAAACAUUGAGAUUCUCGGGAAAACAAAACUAACUAUUUCCCUCGGGAGCAAACAUUAUGCGUAUAAUAUGUAAUGCUAAGUAGGUUCAAGGAGUCAAUUAUAAAUUACCAACAUUAGUGAGAUUUAUAAUUGUAUAUAUACGUAUAUAAUUUCAAUAAAGUUUCCAUUAUUAUUAUUAUUAUUAUUAUUAUUAUUAUUAUUAUUAUUAUUAUUAUUAUUAUUAUUAUUAUUAUUAUUAUUAUUACUAUUAUUAUUAUUAUUAUUAAAUAUGUAAGAGAGAAAAUAAUUGCUACUUGUAUUCGCACGUCUUAUUAUAUAUUCUGUAGACGGAACAAAGACUGGAACAACCCAGAACUUUUAAACUUUUAACUAAAUUUAUAAGAUUUUCACCUGUAUAUAUAUUUUAGCUUUAAAUUCAAUUCAAGUGGACAUCGAUAAGCUACCUUUUAUUAAGUGAGGUUUAUCAAUGUAUAUGUAGUAUAUCGUAGAUAUCUAAUAAAAAGUUUCCAUUAUUAUUAUUAUUAUUAUUAUUAUUAUUAUUAUUAUUAUUAUUAUUAUUAUUAUUAUUAUUAUUAUUAUUAUUAUUAUUAUUAUUAUUAUUAUUAUUAUUAUUAUUAUUAUUAUUAUUAUCCCAUCCAUUGGUUCCAGUUUGCUGAUGACGCGGCUGUAAUUACUGGCCAAGAAUCCGAAAACCAACAUCUAUUAAAUCGAUUUUCUAUCUGGUGCCAAUGGUCCGAUAUGAUUAUCCGAGUUGACAAAUGCAGUACCUUUGGCAUUAAAAAAGCGAUCACAAAAUCAGUUCAGUACUUGCCAAAACUCCUCAUCAGCAAUCAACUAAUACCAAAAAUCACCAUUGGAGAAUCAUUUCAAUAUUUAGGACGUUACUUUGAUUUCCACAUGUCGAAUGAUAAUCACAAAACUGAACUAACCACCCUACUUAAUGAACUAAUGUCUGAUAUUGACUCAAAGCCACUACACCCCAAAAAUAAACUGCUCCUCUACAGUCGCUACGUCUUGUCCAAGUUAGCCUGGCACUUCACCGUCGCAACACUCUCUAAAACAUGGGUUACUGAAAAUAUCGACUCUAUUGCCAACAAAUAUAUCCGCAGAUGGCUUGAAGUACCAAUAUCAGGAACACUAAGUACUGUCUUUCUGACAAAUAACAAAUUUGGCCUGAGUAUUUAUCCUCCAUCU